AUGAGAGAUGAUUCCAAUUUAAUGGAGCAUAGACCAUCUGUUAUAGCUGUGGCUGCUGUAUUGGUGGCAUUGGAUCAAAAAUUAACUAGACAGUCUUUAGAGGUCAAGAUUAAUGCCUUGUUUCCAAGUGGAUUUCUUGAAAUUGUGGAUGUGUUUUCUUGUUAUACUCGAAUGCGGGAUUUAAACAUCGAGAAAAUUAAAUUACCUAACCAUAUGAUAUCCUCAAUUUUGUCACCAAUACAAAUGAGAAUGCCCAAUGUUAAUGAAAAUUCUGCCAAAAGAAAGAGGCUUACAUUUGAUGAUAAUGAUCAGAACUAUGGCACACCUGAGGAGAAGGCGAAACGACACGGCUAG